CACACUGGCAUUUGAGCUAAUCGCAAAAUCCGUUUGGAAGUGGGAGUAAUGGGCCCACAAAAACGGAGAAAAAAAUUGGAAUACGUUCGGUCGCUGUAACUAAGAGAAUUGUGCAAAGCCUCAAAAGUGUCAUAAAACUGCGCUAUGUCUGCAAACUGCAAUUGAAAACCCCGAAAUAAUCGAGGACAAACGCGAAAUUAAAUCAGAGUCUGUGCUCCGCACCAACAACAAAUUUCUUGGUUUGCCAAGGUGUUAAUGCUUAUUUAUUUAUAAAACAUGCUUCGCAUGACUAAUGAAACGGGUUGGCGUUAUUAAAAACGAUUAAAGCCGAAAUACUCAGACAAACUAAAAGCCUGAACAAAAACUACCCAAGGCACACUAACGCACAUCAGCAAACUUUGUGGUGGCGCCUAGGGUUCCAAAAAAAACAACAACUAAUAAAGCAACAACAGCCACUAGGAUAACUACAACGCCAACAGCAAUUCAUCAUUAUUAAUUGUCAACAAAAGGCACUUUUUUAACGUUAAAUAAACAUUAAAAAUAAGCAGGCAAGCAAGUAAUUAUGCUUGACCCUGGUCCAACAAUAGCCCCAUCUCCGAUUCCAGCGCAAGAGGAACAGAGACGCAGCUAAACCACGCUGGGAGUUACGUCGCAAUCGUCGCCAGGCUUGCACGUGUCCAGGGCAUCGUUAUCAUAAUACUCACAAGUUGAAGACGAGAACGAUAUCCAGCAAACGAAAAACUAGAAACGAAAACGAAUAAGAGGAGCGGAGUCCAAACUGAAACUGAGACCUAGACUGAUUGAGAUUUGCGAGAUUUUGAAAGGGCCAUCAUGGCGGCCAUUGGAAGUCUGCAUAACACACGCAUGCUGCGUUUCCUUUUAGUAUUAAUCGUAGUGAUCCUCACCAUUUUCAUCUACGCCUCGUAUUCAACGACGGCCACCUUAACAACAAAUCAUGUGCGCUCUGCGGCUUCACCACCGCAACAGCUGAUAGGUGGUCAUCCGGGCCGCCAGCCCAUGGAUCAAGUUCUGAUAGUCAAUAAUACGGACAAGGAGUACAGCCCGCCCGCUGGUGGCGAAAGUACGGCAAAGAUUUCUAGCAGACAGUCACAAACAGUGGAGACUCACAAGAAGCAUCCACAGCACCGGCUGCCUACAAUCGAUGAGGAUGCACUGCUUGAUGGUGGCUCUGCCGGCGCCAGUCCGCAGGUUGGUGGUGCUGAGACGCCCAAUGUCAUGGCGGAAGAACUGCUAGAGGAGCAACAGUAUGGCCAGAGCGUUGAUGGCAUCACAGGCAAUAUCAACAGCAGCACCAACAACAACAGUUCUGCAGACACGUUGGUUGUAAAACAAACGAUUCCCGCUCAGAUAACACAACAGCAACAACCGCAGUCGCAGCCAGGCCUUUCCGAUGCGGAACUCCUCAUACCUACUUCCAAUUUGCAAAAGUUUAUCGAGAAUGCUGAUAAGAUACUGAAAAACAUCACCUCUAACAGUAGCACGGGAAAUGGAGCGGCUGUCCAGGCAACCGGAACUGACCCAAACACAGAUAAAGGCAAUCAACCGGACGUGGCACAAUUCAAUUCAAUCGACGGCAAACUGGAAGGUUUGAAAGUUGACUCCGAAAAGCAGGAGGUCUCCAAGGUGAUACAGGAAAUUAAAGAUGCAAAGGAUUCUGCAGUUUUGCCUCCUAAAUCCGCCAGACCACCUGUGGCCAGUGUGAAAACGACAAAGGGCAAGAGUGUGGCCAAGGUGCCUCUUGUUCCAGUGGAUCCCUCGAAGGGAGUUGCCACCGAGAAACUUUACGAGCCAGGUCACUUGGACGAGGAAAUCGACGCCGAGCGCAUAUGUCCGAGAAACGGAGAGUUUAUUAAGCUUUUGGUUCUCAUUAGCUCUGCGAUGUCUCAUGAUGCGGCCCGAAUGUCCAUCCGGCAGACUUGGAUGCAUUAUGGAAGCAGAAGGGACGUAGGAAUGGCUUUCGUCUUGGGACGUGGAACUAAUGAAACCUUAAACAAGGCACUUACCCAGGAAAACUUUAUAUACGGGGAUCUGAUAAGGGGAAACUUUAUAGACUCGUACAACAACCUCACCCUUAAGACAAUCUCGACGCUGGAGUGGGCGGAUCUGCAUUGCCCGAAGGCGAAGUACAUCCUUAAAACGGACGACGACAUGUUCAUCAAUGUGCCUAAGCUGCUGACCUUCCUUGACAAGCAUAAAGACAAGCGAACUAUAUAUGGCCGCCUGGCUAAGAAAUGGAAACCUAUCCGCAACAAGAAGUCCAAAUACUAUGUAUCUGUGGACCAGUUCGCGGCGGGCGUGUUUCCUUCCUUUACAACUGGACCUGCCUACGUUCUCACCGGAGACAUUGUACACGAACUUUAUGUAAGAUCACUGAAGACCGUGUAUCUGAAGCUGGAGGACGUGUUCACCACGGGAAUAGUUGCUAAGAGCCUGAAUAUCAAGCGGUUACAGGCGAACGAGUUCGUCAAUCGACGCAUCUCGUUCAACCCGUGCAAUAUACGCAAUGCGAUCAGCGUGCACAUGAUCAAGUCGAACGAACAAUUUGAUCUGUGGAAGAAGCUGCUGGACCAGACCACCAAGUGUAAAUAGUAUUUUAAGUUUAGAGUUUAGAUUUCCUGUCUAAGGAACACAGUGUGGUCUUUAACGAAGAAGAGCAAAUAUAAAUGUAAUAUGGUACGAGUAGAGAAUGAAUAGCAAAGGCAGCUUAUAGGAUUAUAAAAUUAGCAUAGUCUCUAAGUCCUAGAAAUAUCACAAAUGUCGUUGUCGAUCCCUGCAUCUGCCUAUAUGCAUGCGGUUCAACAGCGGUUCGAGUACAUUUUAAAAAAUUUGUAGUUUAAUUUUAGCAUUCUGAAUGCCAUUAUUUAAAUGAUAAUUACUGAGCGAUAACUGUGGUUAUAUCUUAACACUAAAUACAUUAAUGUAUAUCAAGAGAAUCAAAACA